CACAUUCUUUUUUUUUUUUUUUUUUUUUUUUGGUUUUUGCAUAACCAAAAUUUCAUUAUUUAUAUAUAACAAUUUUUUUCAUAAUACAUUUUCCGGCGAAUAUUCGUCGGAAAGUGAGAUCGACUCGUAGGAGGUACACGUUGAAAAUGAGACGAAGAGGUAAAAACAUAACGAAAUAUUGUUAUAGAGAAAAUGUGCAACGAGUCGACUCAGGAGGAGCAACAAAUCGAACUGAUAAUACACAAAAUGAUGACGAUGAGAAAAUAUUAUUAGAAAGGAGGAAAAAAAAUUUGGUGAAAUAUGAAGCAUUACCUGAAUAUUUAAAGGAUAAUGAAUAUAUUAGAGAUUAUUAUCGAUGUGAAUGGCCAUUGAAGGAUAUUGUUCUUAGCUUAUUUUCAUGGCAUAAUGAAACUCUCAAUAUUUGGACGCAUUUGGGAGGAUUUGUAAUAUUUGUGACAUUGAUGAUAAUGAGCUUGAUGGAGAAGACAACAAUGGAGAAUUUGUUUGCCAAUAUUUUCAGACGAACAAGUAAUGGAGAGUGGAUGAACAUAAAGAAUAAUGGCUCUGCUGAAUCUUUUUCGGAUUCAUAUGCCAGACAGAUAACAAAUCCAUCAUUCCUUGACAUAAAUGGAGAUGGCUAUGAAGUUGCUAUAUGGCCAUGGUUUGUUUUCUUAGGAGGAGCUAUGAGUUGUUUGAUCUCCAGUACACUUUCCCAUCUAUUUGCUUGUCAUUCACUUAGAUAUAAUCUCUUCUUUUGGAGACUAGAUUAUGCUGGCAUUGCACUCAUGAUAGUCUGUUCUUUCUUUUGUCCAAUUUACUACAUCUUCUGUGAUCAACCAUACUGGUGUAUCUUUUAUCUGUCAACCAUUACGCUAUUCGGUAUACUAGCUAUCAUCACUCUCCUCUCCCCGGCUCUCUUCUCUGGUCGAUUCAGAUCGUUUAGAGUUACGCUCUUUCUUGCUAUGGGUUUCUCAGGAUUGAUACCAGCGACACAUGCGCUUUCCCUUAAUUAUGGUCAUCCACAAGUACUUGUAGCUUUAAGUUACGAGAUAAUAAUGGGCGUUUUGUAUGCUAUCGGAGCAGUAUUUUACAUGACAAGAUUUCCGGAGAGAUGCAAACCUGGUGCAUUUGACCUUGUAGGACACAGCCAUCAAAUCUUCCACGUCUUAGUCGUUGCAGCAGCGCUCGCGCAUUGUGUUGCUUCCCUUGUUAUUAUGGAUUGGAGACGAGAUGGCCGACCGCCCUGCGAUGAAGGUAUGCUGGUGUAGACAUACAUGGCUGCAAAUGGAGAUUGAAACUUACAACAUUCUUUCUUAUAUACACAAUUAGUUGUUAGGUUAAUGCAUGUAUUCCAGCAUUUUGUAUAUACUUAAAAUUUUUUUGUAUUUUGUAAUGUUAUUGGAAGUUUCAAUUAAUCCACUUAGCCAUUGAUUCUCUUUCAA